AUGUAUCGUUUCCGAAAGAAAUCCGACACACAGCGCCCUCGGCCGCCCCCGGUGCCUCCAGCGAAUUCCCUUCCUGCGAUUGAUGCCAUCCUACCCCCGCCCUCCGAUUUCCGCACCUCGCUGAUUCUGCCUUCACUUACACGUCGAUUCACGCUGCUCAGAACAGAGAAUGGUGAUCGUAUCCGUCUGCAGAACAUUAAGGACCGUCUCGUCCAAAGACGGGCCCAAGCGGUGGAUCAACUCACCGAGGAGGAAGAGGAUCUGGUCCUUGAGAUGCUGGGAAAUGCCAGAAUGGAAGAAAAUCAGACUGUUUUAACUCCCUCACCAGAAUCAGCCUUUUCCACUUCCAUGUCGCACAUGGAGGACAUGCAGCCCUUAUCCCCAGCAUUUUCUGUUGGGUCAGAGAAAUCUAGCCAUCGGAGCAACAACAGGAGGAGCAACAAUCUAUUUGGAUCUCAUGUGGAUUAUCCCCUUCCCUCCCGCCGUAGUCGUCCUUCCACUGUCACGACGCAGGGUAGCGUUGGUGGCAGCGAUUCGCAGGAGCACAGGGAUGAGCCCAGUCAAUUCACCGGGUCGUCGCCAUACGAAGAUGCCCAUCCUAUACAAGAUGCGUCUAUCACAAGGGGCGAAACUAAAGCAGGUCAAUCAACACAAAGCACUCUGUUACUGCGAUCCCCAGAAUUCCUCUCUGCUGCGACGGCUGGACGAAUGAACCGCGUAUCGCGAGCUCUUGAACAAGUGCUGGAUGACAUAGAGAGCGAGGCAGUUAGUUUCAAUGUUGCGAGCGCCAGCAUGGAGCGACUCUCGCCGACUGUCCAAGAUCCGACCAUUCACGUCCCCGGUCGAACAAUCCUGUCCGGCGGGAAUAUCCCUUCCAGCGGAGGGGCACCGAUGUCGAACAUUGUCUUGAAUGACAACGUCAAAGCCACCGCACAGACCCCAUGGACUUCUGGCGCAUUUUCAAGUAGCCACCACCGAGAAUAUGAGUUGCCGCGGACUGACUCCGUGUCGCCGCCACCAGUUGCUGGUGAUCCAGCACGUCGCAUUCCUGGAUACAUCCCUGGUAUGCACAGGCCAAUCACUCCUCGGCGAGAAAUAGAUGCAAAAGAUCAGGAACGUAUGCCGUCGGUAGAUACGCGCUCUCCAGCGUCCUCGCCCGUACCCAGCUCACACUCGUACUUUCAAGGCCAGCUCUUGCCGAGCUCUCAUAGCAUAACAAACCGUGUAGAUACCACAUUUUCUGAUCGCCCGUCUCAAACGUCGCAUUUCGUGGACACGAAGAUACCUGAUUCCCACCUGGAAAUCCCUCUUGAUGCUUCGCGGGACACAUAUCCAUCAGAAUUCGGCGCCACAAGACGAGACUUGAGUAUGUCGGACAACAAGAUAGGGGGCGCACCCUCAAUAGGAGAUCCAAAUUCCUCAUAUGGACUGCCCACGUCCCCUGUGCGCAGAAGACACCAAGCUUCAGUCUCUCCGAGUCCGAAACUCACCUCCCGGAGACCGUCGUUAUCCACAGCAGAGGAACCAAGCUCGUCUAGUCGAAUGUUGGUCCUAUCAGAGGCAUGGUCAAGUGGCGAUGAAAUACAACGUUCAUCUAGGAGGGAAGAUAUAUCGCGAACACCCCCCUUGAGCGUUAGUGCUCUCCGAACGCCGCCUCCUGAGCGGAAGCAUGCGUCUACAGACGCCGACUCAAGUGGCCGUUGGAUUCAUUCCACAUCGUCUUCUAUUAGCUCGCGAGCGAACCGAGGGCGUUUGGAUUUAUCGUCUCGUUUCAGCACUUCAUCGUCAUCCCUUUCGCUUGGUUCAAGUUAUCAUUCUUCCACCGAUAAUCUCCUCGCAACUCGGCUCGAAAGAAGUACCUUUGCGAACGCUUUCCAGAGUGAGCCAUUGAGCCGCUGGGACGGUAUGAUGGCGGAAAAGCUCGCGGUUCAUAGUGGAGAUACAGGGGAACCGCUUCAUACCUCGUUUGACUAUGAGAAUGCGUUGAACACAUUAGGGAUUUCUCGGCAAGAAGUACACGCGAUCCAGGCGCGCCUCUUGCAGACUUUAGAAUCCAAUCUUCCCAACAACGUUACAUCUAACGGCGCGAUCGACCAUCGUCGGCAGAGGCGCUCCUCUACGCCGUACUCUGUACAAUCAGGAUUCAGUGGGGAGGAUACCGAGGCAGGCAUGGCAACGGAGUCUACCGUCACCCCGAAACGAGCGCAGCCUCUACCUAACGCCCUUUCGCCUGCUCCGGUGUUCCCCCAUCCUGUGGCAUUAUCCUCGCAUGCCUCUCCCAAAUUAUCGAAAGCUGAUAUGCUCCUGGCUUCUAUGUUAGAGAGUCUCUCAGCUACGCAGAACAUAUCUCCGGCGUUUGAUCUCACAGCCCCGUCAGCUGUCGCUGAGUAUGCAGCCGACAAGGUACCUGUGCUAAAAAGCGCCGUUAGCAUAUCGCCCCACACAAACGAAAUAACUACACCAAGCAAAGAAUCUGUGGAGCUUGGAAAGUUGCCAAACCACUCGUCUAUCCCGUUUCGGAGCACUCCAGCCGAUAUCGGGGAUCAUACAUUAUUCGUCCCGCUUCAAAACAGGAUGAGACCGGAUGACCCCGAGCUAUUGAAGGAUGUCGAACGACAAACAACUGCAGCGACAGCUUUUUUGAAAAACAGCCCAUCACUGCCGAAAGUGGCGGACAAGGGUUCAGGGGGUCGCAGAAGCUUGAAGCGUAUCAAUCCACAACAUAUUGGCAGUCCGCAGCUCCUGUCAAGCAGCAUUACUAGCGAGGUCUCGGGUCUGCCGCUAUCUCCGUCACUGACUUCCAUCCCCCAGGUUGACAAGCCCAUUGGACUGUUACGGCGUCUUCGGAAUUCCGUGAAAGCGAAACCCCUUAUUCACUCUGAUACCGCCCACUUCUCCGCUGGUCCAACUACAGCGCCGCCUGCUCUCCCCAGCAGCUUGCAUCUCCAAACCCUCUCAAAUCCGCAAUAUGUCACAGCCAGCGAUAAAGAUGACUGGAGAGAUAUCUCUGGGGUCUCUUCUCCGCCCGCUGGACAGGUGGGCCUUAAAGGGUUCAUGACAAGACUUCGUAGAAGCAAAAGAGAAACGGAUUCUUCGUUGCCGUCGGCGAUACCCACAACUACGAUUGGUUCUCCCAGUUCAACAUCAUUCUCUUUGCAGCAGAAACAAGCAACUAGCUCGAUUGUGGAUAUCUCUUCUAGGAACAGUAAAUCUGUACAAGGGGACAAUAGUGCGCUGCACCUCACUACGUCCCACCUUGGCGUGCUAUCCUCCACCCAACAUACAGAUGCUGCCCAACCCACCCCAAUAGUUAUACAUCAGCAAGAAGCACAAAGAGGUUCUUCAAGCGCCCUGCCUGCUACAUCGCAAGGCCAUGCGUCUCUGAUAGCACAAAGAACGAAUUACCAAGAGCCUGGGAAAGCAUCUGCAGCUCUGAGGAUGCAAAUCCAAGGACCUUUGUCUUCGCUGCUUACCCGCCAUCCUUCCGCCCGGAAUCCAGGACCACCUGUGCAGAGUGGCUCUGUACAUGCACAUUUGGAUGUGUCCACACCGUAUCAUUUGGAUGUACGCAACCCAAUUGUUCGAAGAACCCUGAUCUUUGCAGAGUCCGGCGUAUUGUCAGCUGAACACAUAGCCGCAGUUCGCAAGUCGUUCGCAGGCCAUUCGCGAAUCGGGAGCGCCUCAUCUAAUCUCUCUCUCUCGCGUUCAAUCAGAGACAGGGUGCCAACUCCUCCCCCAACCCGUCUAUCGACAAGAAAGGCCGCUGGAGCUUCCACGCCACCUUUACCUUCUCUGCUCAGCAGUAUGCCACUCGUAGACAGUGCAUUAAGCCCCGUCAAGCCUGCAGAACCUGGGUCCAAAGAUGUCAAUGUGUCCGACGAGUAUGCAAGAAGUAUUCGAUCCCUUGGUCCGUCUAUACCAGGAUGUCCCGAGACGUCGAUCCCUCGAGAUGCAGGUAUUGAGCUGCUUGAAUUAUCCAAUGGACAGGUGAUUUGGUCUGUGGUUGAUGGUUUGCGAGCUGGAAUCGCCGACGAGAAUGACGAGGACGACAAAUCAUCCUUCACGUCAGAUUUCUCAACGGGCUCCCCUUCAAGGGACGAGACUGUGCAAUUGUUUGUCAGAGGACAUAAGCGAAAUGAAUCGUCGAAGGGAAGCGAGGCAGCCCUUCCUAAGAAAGCAGCAAUUCAAUUUGGUCGAGCACGGCCAGAAACUAAGGUGUACUUCAGCUCUUCAGCGCAGAUCUCAUCAUUGAUCGAGAAUAUCUCCCGCGGGCUUGAGUCUGGCUCGUUCAAUAUUGUUCCCAGUGAUCCAACGUCACCCUUUUCGGGUGGUCAAUGGAAUCCACCACUUGCAAACUCAGGAAAGUCAUCUGGGAAAGGGGUGACGGUGACGGAGUCGUCCUCACACCGUGAUACAGACCCAGCCCCCGUUGGCCGGCCGAAUCAGGUGUCUCAUCAAGCUAAGCCAAGCAUCGCGUCAUCUGAGCCGAAGCACUGGACCAUGGAGGAACAGCUGGAGCGAACCUGGAAUGCUGUCAACCCAAACUCAUGA